AUGUCGGAAGUCGAACGCAACGACGACCAGUCGCACUAUGCCGACAACUUUGAUCGCGACGCCAUGUCGCAGGACCGCGCUCGCUCUAGGUCGCCCGUAGCCGGCGGCGCUCCAUCCUCGGACCGAAGGGACUCGCACCGCGACCGAUCCGAUCGUCCUGCCCGCAACUUUCACGAUCGCGCCGUUGCAUCGCAGCACGCCGCACACGAAGCUUCCAGAAAGAGUCAGAAGAACUGCAGGGUCUACGUAGGGAACCUUAGUUACGGCGUCAAGUGGAACACACUCAAGGACUUUAUGAGGGAGGCUGGUAACGUCGUCUUCUCCGAGGUCCUCACUCUUCCCAAUGGAAGCUCCAAGGGAUGCGGUAUCGUGGAGUACAGCUCUUCUGAGGAGGCUCAGAAGGCCAUCAGUCAGUUGACCAACAAGGAGCUCGAGGGUCGUCAGGUCUUUGUCCGAGAGGACCGCGAGGAUGAUGCUCGUUACGGCGGUACCCCUGGCGCAGUCCCUCGUGGUGGAGGCCGCGGUGGCUUCGCUGGUGGCAUGGGCGGACGAGGAGGCUACGGACCUCCCGGUCGAGGUGGUUUCUUUGGUGGCCCUCCCAUGCCUCCUUACGGCGGUGGAUUCGCUGGUGGCGCCCCUACUCAGCUCUUCAUCACCAACCUUCCCUUUGAUGUCAGCUGGCAAGACCUCAAGGACCUUUUCAGGUCUGCAGGUAACGUGACUCGCGCCGAUGUCAACAUGGGACCUGAUGGACGCUCCAAGGGUACCGGUAUCGUUGCUUUUGCCAACUCGAACGACGCCUCGAACGCUAUCGCCAUGUACCACGGCUACGACUUCCGCGGCCGUAUUCUCGAGGUGAGACUGGACAAGUUCGCCGGCGCUCCUCCCAUGGACCCUUACGGACGUGGCGGAUACGGACCUCCUCCUGGGCGUGGUGGUCGUGGCGGCUUCGGUGCGUUCGGCGGUCGAGGCGGUUACGGUGGCCGAGGUGGUUACGGUGGUGGUUAUGGCGUUGACCCUUACGCCGGUGGAUACGGUGGCGGAUACAGUGGCGGAUACGGUGGCGGAUACGGUGGAGGCUACGACCGGUACGGUGGAGCUCCUGGAGGAUUGGGAGGUCGUCCCACUGGCCCAGCAAACGCUCGACCUCCUGCGCCACCUGCUGCACCUUGUCAACAGAUCUUUGUCAAGAACUUGCCCUGGUCGACAUCGAACGAGGACCUCGUGGAACUCUUCCAGACCACCGGCAAAGUCGAGGAGGCUGAAAUCCAGUUUGACCACGGUAGGAGCAAGGGUACAGGAGUUGUACAGUUCGCUUCCGUGGAUGACGCCGAGACUGCGAUCGCCAAGUUCAACAACUACGUGUACGGUGGACGACCUCUGGACAUUGAGUUCAACCGUCGCUGGAACAACUUUGGACGUGGUGGCAACAACGGCAACGGUGGUGGUGCUGGUGACAAUGGCGUCGAUGCUUCGGCUGGCGAUGGUGGGCAGCAGCAGGGUGAUGGUGAUGCUGGAGACGCUCCUGUCCCCAUGCAGGCCUAA